AUGGAGGCUGGUACUCCACCCACAAGUACGCCGCCAAGAUCGGCGUGCUUUUCGCCCACAAUAUCCCAAACAGGCUCGCCUUUCGCAAAGAACCACCGGCGUAAGCGACACGGAGAGAAGCUUGUGGGCAAUAAACGGUCCAUGAUCAAGAGCCUUGUGGCAGCUGGCAUCGUCGCGACGGAGGUGGUGUCUGCGGCCCCUUUUGUGACCUCGGUGCUGAGCACGAGCCUCAAGCCCGUGGCUCGCUUCUACGAUACUCACGCAUCUCAGCAACCCGCUGUCGCGAGCGUGCAGGCGCGAGCUGCGGCGGACGACGUUACGCUGGACGAUUCACCGCCGCUUUUGCGUCGUCUAGCUGCAGAGAUCAGCUCCUCUGCCGCACAGGCCGAGCUAUUCGAAGCUGUCUCGUUCCCCACCGAGCGUGUUUGGCCCAGACAAGUACUCGACUCGGCAACAGGCGCUAAUCAUGGCGGACGAAUCGGUAUCAAUGCGCAGGAUGGACAGUCCUUCGCACCCGCUGCGACAGCCCCGCCUUCUGCUCUUUCAGCGGCUGUAUCGGCACAGCCGUCAACGCUGAGCAGUCAGCCCACCUCGUCGAAGGCGCCAAGCUCAUCGAUGUCUUCCUCGCCCACUUCUUCGAAAGAAAGUCCAACCGCCUCCCCUUCGGCCUCAAAUGACAGGGAUCCCAAAGGCCCCUUUGCUUUCUUGCAAGGGCCACACAAGGGUCUUUUCAUUCUUGCUAUUGUAGGAGCAGGCGUUGUGGCGCUGCUUCUAUUGAUGCUGAUUGCGCGUACUUUGGUACAUUGCAAGCAGCGCUAUGACGAGAAGCGUGGAAUCAUUCCCAAGCCGCUGUACGUCGGAGACCAGCGGACGGCGAACCUUGGAUCGCGCAAGUCACUCAGGCGAGCGCUGAGCAGCAUGACUGGAAGAAGCACUGGUGGUCUUGUGCUGAUCAGCGUCGGCAAUGAAGUCAUCGCAGUCGAUCCCCGCGUCGCUGCGGAAUACGAAAGCGAACGCGCUGCGCAUUGGGCCAAUCUUCAUGCCGAGAAAGCAGCGACUGACGAUGACGGAGCUGCUGUGAACAUGCAGUCGCUGCUGAACGACGACAGAGGACACGGAAAUGCGAGUGCUGUGACGCAAGCGUCCUUCGAUGCCAGAAAUGCACUUUCGCGUGCUCAGGCAAAGGUCCAGCGCAUGGCUUCCGUUGCGCGUGGUAAUCGACCCAAGGCUGCUUCUCGGUCACCGUCCAUCUCAUCAUGGCGUCAGGGCAUCGUACAGGACGGCGAAGUCCAAUGGAAGGAGGUCGACGAUGAGAAAUACUUGCCCAUGCCGGCACAGCCUCUUCACAGAGCGCCCAGCAUGGGUCAACGGCUUACGACUGGUUUCAAAGCGCUGUCUUCGAGGUUGAGCAUGAGCUCUAGGCCAGCACCUGACCUAGACAACAAAACCUUUCUCCCGCCUCGCAAACUUCUCAGCCGGGAAAGCUUGAGGGUACGGCCACUACCCGAUCUUCCUUCAUCCGUGCUGGGACCUGACGGUGUUGCCGUACCUACGCUCACAAAAGGGUCUGGAAGCUGGGCCAUCGCGCCUUCGAUAAAGGAUGACGCGAAUGACCAUCUUGUGGAAUUUGGUUCGGCAACCCGAAGCCCCAGGGACCAGGGUGCUCGCACACCCAAGUCGUCGGCAAAGCCUGCAAAUGCUGCACGUGCUUUCUUCCGCGCCAAGGCUAGCCGCAAGUCCAAUUUGCCUCUGGUGCCCCAAGAGAGCCUUUCGCAUGAACGUGUAGAACUGUCCGAUGCUCCUGUAACCCUGCCAGCGAAGACGCCACCCGCUGUAAAGAGCGAGGAGUGGUCGAACGUCCCUCUUGACACCACUGCCAGCCCCAGCAUGUAUGCUGGUUCUGUUUGGCAAAGCCCUCGAUUGGACUUUGCUCAGAUUCGGCAGCAGCAUCUGACCAUCGAUAUGCCGGCCACCUCCGCUGUCCGCAGUCCUCCAGCAUACCCCCGAGUAGUGUCCAGUCCUGCUACUGAAGAGCGUACCCGCGCAAUUCGACGAGGUGCAAGCGAGGCAAGAAGGCAAUCGACUGCUGGCGGGACGUAUCGUCACACUCGGUCGGGCGACCCAAUCCUUCACCCAGACAAGCCCAUGAAGAGGAGCAAGACCAUGAGAUUAUCUGCUGCAGAGCCCAACAGACUCCGAUGCACGCCUUCGGAUCUUGAAGAGGCCAUCAUUGAGCCCAGUACCUUGAUAGAGUCCUCGACACAACGCGCGAAGGCUGCGACGACAAAGGGUGGGCCUACGACGCCUGGCCUCAGACGCAUGACUAGCAGCACUGGUGCUGCUUCUCCCCGCGUCUUGCAGGCUCGCUCCAAAGCUCACAGCAAAGGGUUUUCGGUCGACAUUUGA